AUGCCCCACUUGCCAAUUGAUCUAAUCGCAAACCCAUUUUCAAAUUGCUUUUCCGUGUUUACAUUUGUUGCACCCUACGCAUUAGAUGUCAUUGAAAAUGCCUCGAAGAAAGAACAAGACAAUCAAACUUGGAAAGACGAGGUGUUGAAAGAAAGCGUCACUCGGCUCAAAAGCUCAAUUGAGUCUAUCCAGAAAGAGAUUGCGAAGUUGCUCUUAAGUCCGGAAUCACGAGAUCUCCAAGAAAGCGAAAAGGAGCGUCUUUUGAGUUUUUUAGGUGAUGCGAAGAAAGAAAUCAAUGUUGUCUACAACAGGCUCGAAACUUUGAAAGCUCAGGUGGUUGAUUCCGACCUUGAAAAAGAUUUGCACAUCCUGGAUGCCAAGAUCACGGGACAUGGAAAGGCUUUUCAAAAACUUAUAGUGGCAUGCGGUGGUGAUGGUUUCUAUGGGGAGUGCGAUGGUUAUAACCCUGAUGAAUGA